AGUGAUCAAGUUUUAAAUGAUAACUAACCCAGUUUUCUUGAAGAUUCGUCACGGCAACCACAACAAAAAUCUAYUAUGCCUACUUCAAAUUUUAGUCACCUUGACUAAGAAAUCAUAUUUAUCACAGAUGCGCGUAAAUCAAGAGUUUUUUUUAAUAUUUGACUAUCUAGUUAAACGGACAAUAAGCGAUAUGGACAGCUGUCGUCUUCCGUAUUCCUGCUAGAAGAGAAAUUGGUAUUGAUCAUAGAUUAACAGAUUGACCAACGUUAAUGAGAUUGACUUCAUGCCUGCAAUCUUAUACCUUAUAAUAAAAUGGAUGCCARUUGUCCACGAGCAGAUCAAAUAUAAAUUCCUUAAACUUUGUUUUGCAUUGUAACAGACGAUGUUGAGUCGAUUAAGUCCAUCUAGAGCUGAAGAAGGGACUCGUCCUCUAACCAUCGCUAGUUCAGUGUCGCGUAGUUCCAUCGAUAUGACUACACUUAACCACGCAGGAAAAGAWGAAGAAGAGCGGGAUGUUAAAAUCAUCAUCAAAGGAGUCGACGAUAAAGACACAGACCCUGAAAACAAUAUAUACGCGUUUUGUAACCAUUGUAAGAAGGACAUAUCGGUGGUGUAUAUGAAAUCAGAAGGCAAGCAUUCUAAUGUUGUUGAAUCGUUAUCUCCUCGCUGGCCCUUGUCGAACAACCACACUAGUGACUAUGUAGACAGCGACUAUGACAAAUGCCAAAAGGACAAUGAUUACGAAGGYUGCAAGAAACUCCUCGAUAAGAAGAAAAAGAAAAAGAAGAUACAAGAUUUGUGGGAGAAUUUCCUUGAGGGCUGCACAUUGCAUGGAUUUCAUUAUUGCUUCAGUGGUAACCCACCUUUAAGGCGACUAGUUUGGAUUGUACUGYUACUGGGUGCCUUUUCUUUAUUCUUUGAGAAAUGUAGCGAGAGUAUUAAUAGCUACUUCCAGUAUCCGUUUACUACAACUACAUUACUUGUAUAUAAUGAUAGUCUUCCAUUCCCCGCGAUAUCUUUAUGUAAUAGGAACGAUGCGCGUAUGUCUAGAAUUAAUGGUACCCUCAUGGACAGAGUAUUUCGYGCCAGACAAGGAAUGAAAGGCAGCAAUCCUGAAGAUUCGAAACUUCAAGCCAACAUAACAGGAGCCGUGAUGAACUCCACUUUAGCAAAUGCUAAACACGAACUUCAAGACAUGAUCAAGGAGUGCACAUGGCAACAAAAUGUCCCAUGUUCUUCGGGAAACUUCACCGAGUUUAAAACAGCCGAUGGCGAUUUUUGCUAUACUUUCAAUUCUGGGCAGAAUGGAAUUAAACUUAGAACUUCAGAAGUUGGGGCUAAAAAUGGCCUGCGCUUACUGAUUGACAUACAGCACCAUGAAUAUUACUAUGAUGURAAAAGCGCGGGAUUUUCUGUUAUACUCCACGACCAGGAAGAAACGCCGGUGAAGUUACAGGGAAUCUACGUACCGCCUGGCUUUGCUACCUAUAUGGAACUCAAAAGACAAAAGGUUACCAAUCUACCAUUUCCGUUCAAAACAAACUGUGGUAUGCCAAAGCUGAAAUACUUCGAUAGAUACACAAAGUCCAAGUGUUUCCUGGACAAACUCACCCAAUAUGUGGAUGCAAAGUGUAAAUGCAAAGUAUGGUUUAUGCCAGGUAAAGCGAAAAUGUGUGAUUUUGAAACAGCUCAGACAUGUGCUUGGCCUGCUUGGGCGUAUUUUGAGGAUCAAAAGCUGGAUAAAUGUCCGAUAGCUUGUCAAAGUGUCGAAUAUUCAGGGUCAAUGUCGUAUGCCAGGUUUCCUUCCAAUUCAUACGUCUCACUACUUUCCAAGAAAUAUGGUCUCAAGGGAACUCACAAAGAAAACAGAGAUUUUCUCAGAGAUAAUCUACUUGAGCUGCAUAUAUACUACGAAGACCUGACUUAUAAAGAUAUACAACAAGUACCAAGCUACGAUUUGUUUAGCCUCUUGGGUGAUGUUGGUGGUCAAAUCGGUCUGUUCCUUGGUGCUAGUUUGUUAACUAUCGUAGAAUACCUCGACCUAAUAGGAAUGAUUGCUUAUACCUCCUACAAAUACAGGAAUUAGCCAUAUCAUUGUACCGUAUAAGGGUGAUGCAGCCCGUGCCCCCCCCCCCCGGGUGAUGUAGUCUGUUUUUGCGCGCCGAUGAUCUCUAUCUUCAACGACAUCCUGUUUCGAUACCUGGUCAUCAUAGUUGCCUUAGUGAAYUGCCUUCAGUUCUAGUUCAUGGUCGCUUUUUGAGCUUAUUUCUGUUCUCAGUUUCUCAGUUAAAGACAAAUCUUAUGGAUACUAAAAGUGCUAGAGAGUGCUAAAACACAAAUUAAUGUGCAAUUAUAAUCGUCUCGAAAAACCAGUAGUAAUUAAUCUUCGACUAUCGUCAUAUUGCCUCGGUCCCAGGGAUGGCCUAAAGAAAACUGAGGAGCGCAUCCAGGAUUUUGCCAGGAAGGGUUAUACGACAUUAAAAGUUUAACUAGGCAGUAGCGCACUGUCGAACCUUAUUGCACUAGAGAGAGGCAUGAGAUCAACCUCUAAAGGGUGAAGACCAGGUGCAUUUUCUUUGAGUACAACUCCCUGAAUCUGUGCCAGUGAGGCCGGGCGCCACCAGUACUUAGCUACUAUACUAUAUCCUUAUCUUGGAUAGAAUUGUUAUAUAAUAUACUGCAUUAGAUGCUGGUAUUUUAUUCUGUAUAUUGUUUCAGUCUACUAAUCUGCUAGCGUUUGUAGCCAGGGUAAUUGCCAAGUAUCAAAAUACUCCAGUUUCAAAUUCUCUUUUGUGUGAAUGCGUCAAUCAAGCAUAAAUUUCCAAAGUCUUCUUUGUAGAAAGAGUGUUUGCUUUACAAUAAAUUAUCUGCUUAAUAAAAGAAUAUCUUACAUGCUGCACAAAUAAGAUCUCGAAACUGKAGUAUUUGGGCCUUUCGGUGAGUACCGGAAUAUAUUGUAUUGCGGUUAGGYUUGACGCCUCGGUCCAAUGCUUUGUUUGUGGUCCGGUACUAAUACAAGGAAACUCAAAUCUAGUACUGCUCUCUAUAUUAUAAACCCCGACCUGUAGAUCAGGUUUUACUUAUGCUACUUUAUACGGUCGCUAGUAGCAUAUAGAUCGAUUCACACUUUAAAAGUGUACAGCGUUCAUUGUUAAUAAACUCAUUUCGUGUGGAGUAUUUCUUUUCAUUAACGCCCUUCUUGAAGUGAAGAAAAAUAAUCAAAUUAUAGUAAUUAUAGAUGACAAAGUUAUAGUGCUAUGUACUUCAAACGGACAAAAAAGCGAGAUUAUAAUACCCGCUAAUUUGACACCAUAAAUUGUUGCUUUACUCGAGCCCUUGGAAAGGAAAAAUAACUUGUAACAAGAAAAAAAAAUAGUCAAACUAAACAUUAUGAAACGUGCUGCKGAAUACAUAAUAAUAAAAAUAUUUAAUGUCGUGAA